UAUCGUCAUCACUCGGCAAGGUAGAAUCGAGACUCCAGCAUCGAGCUACCGAUCCUCUUCUUCGUUCCGUAUCGGGCUCAAUGCCCUCGUCGUUUGGAGGACUUUUACUCAAGACACGUACAACCGGCAUCCUUAUUGUAUCAAAUUUGUCGUACCUUUCAUUUGCUUCCGUAGUAUCAUCAUUGGUGGUAUCAUUUUCUUUUUGUGGAAGAUUCUUCGACUUCAUCACGGUGACCCCAUUCAGUGGCUGGUGGCUGUUCUGGUAGCUGUAUCUGCCGUAUUACACGUAAAUAUUCAACGAUAUGAUCCAGCGGAAUGGUGGUCAAAGAAUCGCGACGUGUUCCAGCGCGUAAUAACAAUGUAAACGAGGAAUAAAUGAUUUUUGAUCGUUGAUCGAUACAAUUUGUUUCACAAAACAAUUGUUACCUCGCACUUGUCUCUCCUUUAACGCGUGCCCUUCCAUUCGGUACGAUGGGCCGUAGUAUGCAUGUCGUAUCGGAUAUAUUAAACUUUAAAUUGAAUGCUUUCCAAGGACGAUCCCGACGCUACAUAUCGAGAAUCCAACUCGACGCCAUGUCGCGUUGAGAAACACGAAACUCGGACGGGAGUAUGCCCGAUAGUUGUUCGAUACAUGCGUUCGUUCGCGCUCAGCAAUCGUCCCCACUCUAUUCUUUGAAGGAAUCUCCUUGAAGAGAAAAGUAACCCUCUUCUACAGUCUCUUUCUUUCCUGUCCCUUCUUUUAUUUGUUCCUGUUAUUGUCAGUCUCAGACGAGUUCUUCGAAUACAACACAACGUCUUUCGACAGAGUAGUUUAUCGCUCAUAGUAACACGUUCAUGUUAUUUCACUUUAAAAAAAGUUUGUAGAAACGUAGUUUCGUAAAUAUAUCAUACGAUCGUUGUCAUAGAUCACUUUAUAUCAUCUCUCGUUUUAAUUAAUUCGUCUAUGAUUCGUCACUUCUUCCUUGACGCAUUGAUAUCGGGGCAUCCUCUUUUUUAAUUUACGCGCGCUUCGUAAGUCUUCAUCGAUUGUCGAUUGUUCACCAUACUUUUUAGUACAAUCGCAGAGAUUUCUUUAUUUCAAAUUACCGGAAAAGGGAGUUGUUUUUAGGUGAUAAACGAUGAGAGAUAAGGAACAAUAGGAAGUUCGAUGGUAAAAUUGUUGUCUCAUCGAAGGUAGGAAAGAAUCUAUAAGUGUGUGCUUGAUCAUUCAGUUCGGGGAAAAAAUUUAGAAAGGAUGAGGUUGGAAAGAAGACAGAGAAGCAAAUAGCAUAUCGUCAUAUACUGUCUCUUUUUAAGAAAAAGUGAUUGGUUAACACGUUUCUAUGUUCACAUAUGUACAGAGUAGUUGCUCUCCAGCGUAUAUAUAGAUGUUCCAUUUUGUACGUCCAUGUGCCCUAUUGAUUAGUUACGUAUAAGUCGAUCCGAUUUUGUAACUUUUUUCGUUCAUGUUUAGAAAAAAUUAAUAAAAAAUGGUCGCUGAACAAAGAAGACGGGUCGAAGACCUUAUGACUAGAAUGAUCGAAGAAAUGGACAAAGCGUAUUUAAGGAAAAUGCAGGGUAAUAUGCAUAGAUGUGCGGCUACUUGUUGUGAUAAUGAAAGUUACAGCAUACUACAAGUACAAAACUGUGUAGAAAAUUGUAGUUCCUCGUUAAAUGAGGCACAAAAUUAUGUUCAGAAUGAAUUUGUAAGAAUACAGAAUCGAUUACAAAGAUGUGUAAUGGACUGCAAUGAUACAAUAAAAGAUAAAAUGAGUUCAAAUCUAACGCAAAAUGAAGUGGAUAGGUAUAGCGAAGAAUUUGAUAAAUGUGCAACAAAAUGCGUAGAUACUUAUUGCGACUUACUGCCUUCGUUGGAAAAAUCAAUGAAAAAUGUACUUUCAAGUAAAGUUUAAAAAUAGUAUAAGGAUAAAUAAAUUAUUCUUAUAAGACUAAAAAACAAAUUUCAAUUGUUGAAACAUGCAUCUUUUGUAAUUUUUAUAGGUAUUAAAUAUGUAACAUAGAGAAAACUGUUAAUAUUCAGAAAAAUUAUUUUUAAGUGCAUUAAUGCAUUGGUGGUGUAUAUAAUGCUCAAAGUUUUACAUACUUUAGUUAGUUUUCCUGUAUUACAGUUAAAUACAGUAGUUUUAUUUCAA